AUGGCCGGCCCUGUCGUCCCUCCGGGGUACUCGCCGCCAUUCCAGGUGGUCGAUGACCUCCAUCACGGAGCAUGGAUCAUCAUCGUCGCUGCGCUAGGGCUCGUCCUGUCGCUAGUCAGCUUCUCAAUCCGGCUAUAUGUCCGGCUUGCUCUGCAUCCGCCAUUCGGGAAGGACGACUAUGUUUUGCUGGGGGCGACGAUAGUUGCCAUUAUCCAAGUAUCGCUAAUCUUCGAAGCCGCUGCAAAGGGUCUCGGCACCUCGAUGACUUUGAUUGAUAUUAAAGAUCUGCGUAUCAUCCAAGUUCUAAUCAUCACCUCGGACAUCCUUUAUCUCCUCACGCUAUACACAACAAAAUGCUGUGUCGUGGGCAUCUAUCUGCGCCUCACACCUCAAAAACUGCAUAACAGGGCAUCAUGGGCUGCACUACUCCUCUGCACCCUCUGGAUAAUACCAGCGAUCCUGAUUCUCACCGUGGACUGUGGCCUGAAAUCGCCCUUGAAAGGAUCCAGUGGGCAGUGCGAGAACCUUGUCCCGAGAUGGAAGUUCGUCGUCGCCCUAGACAUCGUCACCGAACUGGUGCUCUUCGGGCUCGCCGUCCUCCUGCUAGCCGGCCUCUUCAUGCCCUUGAAACAGAAGUUCACCAUCGGAUUCGCUUUCGUCUUCCGAUUACCAAUAAUCACCUUCGCCGUCAUGCACAUCUACCACCUCAACAAAGACAUUGGGUCGCAUGACCCCACGCGCGACGCAAUCCCGUCUCUCAUCUGGGGCCAAGUGGAACUGCACUACGCCCUCGUCGCCUGCGGCGUCUUCUGCCUGCGCCCCUUCAUGGCAGCCGUAAGCACAAACUACGGCACGGCCGGCGACAGCACGCUCGAAAGCACCCGCUACGCAUACGGUCAGACUCAGAAGUCGUCUGGUUACCGCUCAAAGUCUGCCAGUGCAAUGGGCUCCGGGGGCGGGACGCAGGUAGUCAUUGGGAACGAGGCGGUGGCGUUUGGCGCGGCGCGCGAGGAGAUGGAUAGGAUGAGUAUGGAUGGGGGACAUGGGGGCGCGGGGUCCCAUGGGCCCGAUGACGAUGUGAUUGAGCUUGUGGAUUGGGAUCAUGCGAGGCCGGGGAGUGAUGGGACUCAUGGGAGCGCGAGGAUGAUGAUCCGGAAGGAUGUGCAGAUUAGUGUGGAGUAUGAUGGGGGAGCGCCGGAUAGGGUCUUGCAUCAUGAGUCGGAGUACUGGGAUCGGUAUCUUGAGGCGCAGCGGCCUCGGACUGGAAUGGAGAGAUAG